GUGGUAUUCCCGGGACGACAACGCGGUUCCUCCCGCUUACAUCCUCGCAUCCAUCAGCACGCACUUGCCGGAUUUCAUAAGCAUGGACAGAGACAGGCAGAAAGUCGGCAAAGAGCAGUGGUGGAAGGAGAGCGAGCAAAUGCAGCACGCUCUGGAGUCAGCCGCCACCAGGGUGUUCGACCAGGAAACGGCCCGGAAGUACAUAAUUUCCGUGACGGAGGCGGAAGUGGAGGAAGGCCUGCUCAAGGCGGAGGACUCCAUCGCCAGGCAGGCCAUCUGGCUGCGCCGGAACAUCGAAGACAUCGACCGCCAGGAGAGCAGCUACGCACUUUCUAGAUAUACCGUGCCAGGGUGCUCAAGAGAAGGUGGAAAAGGCUCACCGGAUGUUGCGGGAACUCAAGGAGCACCGGAUGGAGCGGCGCCUGCAUUCAGACCAGAUCUUUCACUACAACGUGCACUGGGUUGGCCCAGAAGGGAUCGAUCCUGAUACCAGCGAAGAGCACCGGAAGUAUCUGGCGCGCCUCUGCAAGGACUUCACGGACAACAUGAUCUCCCUGACGACUCAGGCUAUUCGGAAUCGAUAUCUCCUGCACGACAAGCUAACCGAGGAAUGUCUGCAGCACAUCCGGUUGUGUCAGUCCAAGUGCGCCGAGUUCCAUGGACGUACAGAGACGCUGGAGCGGAUCGAAUCCUACCUGCUGGACACAUCGACAGCGGCCCCGCUCGUUGUGCACGGGAUCAGUGGAACGGGAAAAACUUCCAUCCUGGCGAUGGCGGCGAAACUGUGCAAAACCUGGCUGGCCAAGACGCCCAAGCUCGUGUUAAGGUUUCUCGGUACAACCGUUGCGAGUUCUUCCGUUCUGCCUCUGCUACAAAGUCUGGUGCAUCAACUGAGUAUGCUGGAUAAUCAAAGCCUUCAAGCCGGACUGACCGUUGACCUUCUAAAAGACCAGUUGAAUCUGCUCUUAAAGCAAGGAAUGGCAGAGUGUCCACUCGUGGUCAUCUUGGAUUCUCUUGACCAGCUGGACACCUCGCACAAUGGCCGCUCUUUGAUGUGGCUUCCGGUUCACCUGCCGCCACACUGCAAGAUCAUCGUGUCCUCACUUCCGGAGGAAAAAUAUGAGGCGUUUCCGGCCCUCAAGAAAUUAUUUCCUGACGCGGAAAGGUUUAUACAGGUCCCGGAACUAGGUGAGAGGGACGCGCACAGCAUAGUGUCGUCGUGGGCGGAGAAACGGAACCGGAAGUUGACUCCACCCCAGAUGGACCUCCUGCUGAGCACUUUCCGGAAGUGCCCGACACCGCUGUUCUUAAAGCUGUCGUUUGACGAAGCAAUGCUUUGGCGCUCGUUCGACCCGCCGUCACGGACAGUACUGCAGACGACAGUCCGCACCGCUGUCGACUUCCUGUUCGGUCGUCUGGAGAAACUGCACGGCCGGAUAUUGGUGUGCCGCGCCUUAGGAUAUCUUACCUUAGCCAAUAACGGAAUCACUGAGGCGGAGCUUGAUGACGUGUUGUAUGACGUCUACACCUACUGGACGCCGCCCAUGCGCAGACUGCCACCUCUACUUCUCGUGCGCAUACGGACGGACAUCGACCAAUAUAUCGUUGAGCGCGGUGCAGACGGUGCGCGCGUGUUAAACUGGUACCACCGUCAGUUUACGGAAGCUGCACACGAGCGCUACUGCGCAGAUGAUGCGCAGAACAAGGGUCUCCAUGGUAACCUAGCUGAUUUCUUCGCGGGAACCUGGGCCAAAGGAAGAAAAAAGCCGUACACGAACGCUAAAGGGGAGGUUAUAGAAGGGGACCGCUAUGUGACGUCACAGCCCCUUCUCUUCGGAGAGGAUGACUACAACAUACGGGCUCUCAACAAUCUGCCCUAUCACCGCCUGCACGCGGGUCACGUUGACCUUCUCAAGAAGGAGUGUCUCGCCAACGUGCACUUCUGCGUUGCUAAGUUACACGCACUUCCUGUUGAGGCGCUCUUAGACGACUUCACGGCGGCCAAAGCGGCGUUUCCGGGGGAUUCCCUGAUCAAGAACAUCCUGGAGGCGCUUCUGCUCUCCCGGAAGGGACUUCAAACGGAUCCGGUUCAGUUCGUGCCACAGCUACUCGGGCGCCUGGAGGACAACGAGGCAACAGCCGAGUUCAAGCAGCGCUUACGUGAAUACAGCUCUAAAGUGUGGUUCGAGCCCGAUGUCAACAUCCUGGAGCGUCCCGGGGGUCAGCUGCUACACAUCAUCCACGUGCACACAUCUAGCCUUGAUUUGAUGACCAUGACGUCAUGCGGAACUUACGUCAUCACAGUCGGCGUGGUGGGUGAAAUCAAAAUCUGGAACAUGAAGGUCGAACCUCCGCGGUUGCUACGCGAGGUGACGACGGGUAAAGGUCAGUGCAGAAAGGUCGCGUUGUGUCAUGGUGACGAGUGGGUUGCCAUUGAAGUGGACAAAGUACUAAAAGUAGAAGAACUCCAAACAGGUAAACACUGUGUUGACAUACCGUUCUAUGGCGAUUCUUGGACCACCACUAAUACGUUUUGCGCUGCUGGAAAACGCAAAGAAACGAUCGUCAAGCUAAUUAGAAAACGAUUUUACAUAUAUGACGUCACAAAUGGCAGCCUGUUGCAGACUCUUACGUCAUCGAGUGACGAAGUAACAUUUAACUGCAUGAGCAAGCCUUCAGGUCGAGACAGAUACGUUGGUGUGACAGACGGCGAUCAAUACUUCCUGUGUGUCCUUGACCUUGAUUCCAUGACCUUGAUGCCAUGGUGGAGAGGCUUUGAGAAGAUCCAUUUGACAGAAAGUCAGAAUGACGUACUUAAAAUCACAGUUUUCGACAUCUCCCCAGAAGAAACUCACGUCGUGUACACAAAUAGGUUUAAAUGCGAAAUCGUGUUUGCGGAUUUCAAAGGCAAUCGUCUUCGUUCUGUUCCAAGCGAUCGUCACAUCUACAGUAUGAACUACUCUUCCGACGGCAGAUAUAUCUACUAUACAAGCCGGUUCUCCGUUGUCUUUGUCAACUCUGCCACACUGCAGGAGGAAGAUUGUCUGGAACACAAAAUUGCACUGCUCGACGCGCGAACUGUUGACAUGUUCACGGUGGUAACGAUUACAAAAGACAACAACCUCAGGGUGUGGGAUCGAUCCCGUGACAAAAAGAGGACCACAGAUCGGCAGGCCAGAACGCUGGCGCCAAUAACAUAUAUCGUGUAACUAGCGAUCUUAAUACAAAUGCAUGAGCCUCGCUCUGGUAAAACGCGAAUUAACCCUUUGCAUGCUGGGACAUUUGUCGUCUGCUAAAAUGUCGUCUGCUGAAUUUCUAAAAUUAGCAUUUUCUUCGAUUUUUUUUCCAAAGAAUAAUAUGAUAAUAGCAAACAGUUUGGAUCCUGAUGAGACGCCACGUUCUGUGGCGUCUCAUCUGGAUCCAAACUGUUUGGAAAGGCAUUCACAAUUCGGUUCCAGCACUGAAAGAGUUAAUGCAUGUGCGUAAAGUGUCAACUCAAAUUACAAUCUGCAGUCCGCACAGGCAAAACAAGAACGACAUUGUCCGCCUUUCCGCCUAGAAUGUAGUUUUGUUAAGAAGAGAUUUCCUUUAAAUUUAUAAUACAAUAAAAUGGAAAGUGUUGCCCGUGAUAAGCCUAUGCGGACUGCACAUGUUAAUCUGGGACAACAAUUUACGCACAUGUAUUAAGUCCCAUUUGCUCAAAGCGAGGUUGAUAUUAAAUUAAAUUUUACUUGUUUUAAGGCCUGCCAAGAUAGUCGUGUUCCGUUUCAGGCUUCAUCUCGAUUUCAGCGUCAUUUAUUAUAUUUUAUUGAGUUCAUGUUUUCAUUUUGUGCGAUUGUUUUGCGUCCUCCUGAUUCAUGACUGCAAAAAAGUACAGCUUGUUUAUAAACGUUUAUUUUUAUGAAAUUUGUCAUGGAAAUGUUUAUGCUCAUCAAAUUCCUUUACAAUAAUAUCAGUUGGAUUUUACGAAUAGUGUCUAUAGAACAGCAAACGGAAGCGCAUGCGCUAAGAUCAGAAUAAUGUCCUCGCUAUUAAGUGAAAAAACGCCGCAAUAUAAUUGAAGAAAACGAUCAACUCUUCUAUAAUUAGCACCAGGUAUUGUUUUCCGCUGGGCAACCAGGAGGCACUGUUUGUGACCGGCAAGACGGGAAAGGACUCGCCGACCAUCGUCGUCGGCGUGUAUGAUGUCGGCAAACUGGAAUACCGCGCAGUCAGCGUACUAGUAAGUCGACGGGCUUUAUUUUGUUGCCCACUUGUUCACCAGGAUGUGCUGUUCGUUACGGACAAUCAUACGCCUGUCGUCGGCGUGUAUGAUGUCGGCAGACUUUAGUACCGUGCCAGUCGAGUACUAGUAAGACGACGAGUUAUAUAGAUAUAUAUCUCAUUUGUUUUCAAAUAAAUUACUUAUAAGAAUCUUUUAUGUAAUGAUUUUUUCUGCAAUUAUUAAUACGUUCGUCUUUUGCAAUAUCUUGCACACACCCCGAAGUUAUUCGAUACGGUUCAUAAGUGAAUGAAAAAUUUGAUUAAUAACAAAAUAGUCAAAUUAAUUAAAAGUUUCAAAAAACAUAAAAAUAUUGUGUGUCAGACUUGGAAACGAUAUUCCAAAUAGGAGGGAGAUGGCGUUGAAAACGUAGCCUUUUACAAAGCAGACAAUAGAUCGGUGGUCAUGGCAAUAAACCGGAAGUUGUACUUGUUCGACAUUGAAAAGAUGGACGUCUGCAUCGUGUUUCCGGGUGUAGUCUCGAAACAGAGUGUUUGUAUCGUGACCAAACGGAAGCGUACGUACAAAUAUUGUUAAAAUGUUGAAAUUGAGAUUCGUUUUGAGAAAACAGGACUUAUUUCAUGUGCGUAAAGUUCCGUCCACAUUUAUCUGUGCAGGUUUUCAUAUUAUUGCAACCAUCGCCAUGACACUUUUGCCAUGCGGGGAUAGCUUACUUGAUACAAAUUGUAGAUUUCAGACUAUAAAUAUGAAUUUCUAUAGGUUGAAUCAUUGUGAAGCAAGUCCGGGUUUCGAAACUGGGACUAAUUCUUCUAACGACUGUGCAAAUCGUUUUAUAAAUAAGAACAUAUUUUGGUCAUUGUAUCCUAUAUCUUUUUAGCGUUGCUUGAAAAUCAAAUUCAUUAUAAACAUGACUUGGACAUUUUGCGAACUGCAAGAUUCGGGGCCAUUGCAAUGUCACUGCAAGUUACAGCUCCGCCCACUUUAUAUAUGACGUCAUCUUUCCAUUGUAGAACUCCUCGUGACGUCCCGUGGUGGCAAGAACGUGAAAUUGUACAACAUUACAAACGGCAGCAUAGACGCCAUAAUAAAAACUGGACACACGAAGGAUGUCCAACAAGUUGUGGUGAACGAACCGGGGACGCUCGCCGCAGUGAGAGU